AGGAAAGCGUAAUGGAAUCGAAACAGUGUUUAGGUCUCUGUGGUUCUCAGUAGCUCGGAGCUGCGGCAUCGAUCUGCGAUUUCCAGGGUCUAGGGAAAAGCGAGGGGAAUGGCGACUUUCGGAGACGCCCCGGCUGGGAACCCGAAGAACGGCGAGAAGAUCUUCAAGAUGAAGUGCGCGCAGUGCCAUGUCGUGGAGGAGGGAGCUGGGCACAGGCAAGGCCCCAAUCUCCAUGGUUUGAUUGGGAGAACUUCUGGGACUUGCCCCGGGUUUAGCUUCUCGGCGGCCAACAAGAACAAGGCCGUGGAGUGGAGCGAGGAGACGCUCUACGAGUACCUCUUGAAUCCCAAGAAGGUAAGCACUGCGAUUUUUUGCUCCCGAAAAAGCACGCUUUUUUUUUCGUGGCAGUACAUUCCAGGAACCAAGAUGAUCUUCCCGGGAUUGAAGAAGCCGCAGGAACGAGCGGAUCUAAUCGCCUUUCUCAAGCAGAACUCCUGACAUGCUUUUUCACCGCGCGGCUGGGAUUAAUGGGUGGGGAAUAAAGAGGAUUUCCGAGAGCGUGAAUUUUCGAGAUCCUUUGAGAGAACUUUGAUAAGAACUGCGUCUUUUUGUUCUUUUUAAUUCAAUUCAUUCGUUCGUUGACGGUA